AUGUUUGUGCAGCUGCUGGCCUGCUCGCUCCUCGUCGCGAGCCUUCCCGUCUCGCGUCGAAGUCUCCUCGCCGUCGCUGGCUCGACGGGGAUACGUCCACCGUUACAGCCAGUCAGUCCGUGGCUCGGUCCCGCAGAAGCCACGCUGGCUGGCUCGAGCGUCUUUUGGGUCCGUCCCGGCAGCCAGCCGUCCUCGCCCUCCCUCGUCAAGUAUGAGCCGCAGAUGGCGCUCGAUGUUUUAUCCGCCGCUCCGAGCCGUGGCGGCGCCCUCUUCGUCGGCGAGCACCACGACUCUGCAUCAGACCACGCGGCCCUCAUCACCAGCCUCCGCCAGCAGCGCGGCGCCGUCCCCCUCGCUGUCGGCCUCGAGGCGGAGCUCGGCCGCGAGCGCCUCGCGCGCUACAUCCCCGACGCGGCCGGCUUCGCCGACUUUUCGACCACGCAGCUGUUCCGCUCGUACGUGGACCACGCCGCGAUGGGCGCCGCCACCGCCGCGUGGGUGCGAGACAAUCCUGGCGGCCUUGCGAUAUCGCUGGUGGGGAACGGGCACGCCUCCUUUGGCUCGCUCUAA